UGGAAUAUUCAGUUGGAAAUCUCACUUCAGAAGGAACUCGGUUACUGAAUGUAUCAUUUAAGAAACAUAAUUUCCACCAGAAGGAAUUUAAUUAUACAAUCAAGAUUUCUACACCUUGUUCUUGUGCUGCUAGCAAUAAUAAAAAUCAUUCUGCUGGAAAACACUUCAGCUUAAAUGUCUCAGGAGCUCAAUACAGCAUGUCGGUGAAUUCAUUCAAUAAACUAGGACCGUCUAGGAGCAGAGUGCUUGUCAUCCCCUCAGCAAGUCAUAAUGAAAUGCGUUUACUGCAAAACAGCUUUAUCAGGAACAAUAGUGUUCCUUUUCCAUGGGAAGAUAAAAAGCAUACACCACGGUACAAGAAGUAUUGCAUUGAACUUCAUAAUUUGUCUGAGGACACCUCUCAUUAUCAUCCCUGUGUUAGGUGGAAUAAACUGAGAACUGCCAUAAGAGGAGAAAUGAAAGGAGAGAUACACUACAGAGUGAUAGUUCAUGGUCAAAAGGAUAUGUUGUUGUUCACGAUGGGAUAUACUUACAUAUGUAACCUUACUAAACCUAAAAGACAUGAACUAUUACAAGUUACUGUAAGUAACAUCAGAAAAACAUCCGCAGUAAUUGAGUGGGAAAACCAUCAUUCUAUAGAAUGCCUGGAAUGGAGCAAGUACAUCAUACACGUUUUUGAUGAACAGAAGAAUCGGACCGUUAUAAUUGAUGUGCUAGAUGAGUCGAUCAACAGCUAUCAUUUAACAAAUCUUUCUGCGGGUCACCAGUAUACAGUGGAAGUAUCUAAAGUCGCAGCACAUGCUCAGGAACGACUGAGUUCAAAAGUAAGAUUUCGGACACUGAAGGAAGAUCAAGAGAAGCUGAUGUGGUUGAUAGGUUGCAUCAGCCUGGCCAUUCUGAUAGUUACGAUUUGCCUUGCUGCUUUGUGUCGAUUUUGCAUCAGCAGACUUAGAAAAAUACUUUGGCCUCCAGUACCUGAUCCUUUAGACAGCAAAGCAACUCAGUUUAAUUCUGCAGAUAUGAAACAUGACAAAGGAGUGCAACAUCGUAGACUGUCAUCUGAGGAAGUCCAGUCACUGGAGCUUCUUGUAGUCACUCCCCAUGAGAAGAAGGAUGCAGAUAUUCCAGAACUAGAUGAUACUGCAGCGGUAACUAAAGAACUGCUUAAUGAAGAAGUAAUGAAAACGGAAGGCAAAGAGGGUCUGGUCUGUUUAGAUGACGAUCUCCCAUUCGAAUACAGAAGGCAGACUAAUCCAUCUUUUGCAGAUGAUAUUGAUGAAAGCAACGAGACUGAAUUCUCUGAGAUGAUUGACAUUGUUGGUGAAGAACAGGUGAAGAAGGGAAACACAAAACAGAUACAGAUAUCAAAUGAGGAAGAUGUACGUGCUGAUGAAGAACGCUGUCAUCUUCCGCUGUGUGCAUUGAAUUCCAGUGGUCCAAUAAAUAUUAAAAAGCUGGCCGACUUAAGUGCUUGGUACAAUUCCCUCACAGAACAGUCUUAGUCUGACCAGUUUACCUUCUUUAUAAACCAAUACAAAUUUAGAAGAUGUUUCAGCAAAAUAAUGUACCAAACCCAUAUUUUGUCUUGUGAAGAGUAAACAUUGCAAAGGUAUGUUGUGAGUCGAAACUUGAAAAACUGUUUUUUUUUUUUUUCAGAUACCUUUGUUGUGACCAUUCAGUUGCUCUGAUUAAUGUGCAGGCAACUGUUCUCACUAUUCUAAAUGGCAAUUUAUAGGUGAGGUUACAUCAGGGAACUUAAAUCCAGUACUGAAACAUAGUGGUUAUUAAAUGCCGAUGAAUGUGGAAAACUGGUAGUGAACUCUGACAUGUGCUGAUUUAAUAAUAGCAAUACAAAAUAGAACUGAGACUGCAUGUACAGCUCCAUGAGAGCAAUGUGAUUGGUCUUACCGUAUAACAGAUUUAAAGUUCAGUAUGAAAACUUACUGGCAUUUUGUGUUAAAAUGUAAUAUUUAAAAAAAAAACAACCUUACCUCAGGAUGUUCCAUUAACCAGAGCAUACACGCUAUAAAAUAUGCUAUGUUCAACUGAGCUGUAAAGCAACAGCUGCCUUACAACAUAAUUGCUUGCACGUGUUUGUACAUAAGUUUCCCAGUGAAUGCACAUAUGUGUUGUACAUGAAUUAUGAUGCAGUAUGAGAUGUUAAAUCUGCUGUGCAUUAUGUCUGUAAAGAUGAAUUACGUAUAUGCAUUUCUUUGUACAGGCCAAACAGCAAGGCACACACACACAUACGGGUAUAUAACCAAAUGUUGCUGGAACAACAGAACAUACUCUAUAGAGAAACACAGCAGUAAGUUACUCUUCAGUGCAGGUUCUUCAUGGGACCAGCAGAUGAUUCCAUAAUGGUGCAACGCAGAUUGGGUGAAUGCGGAAAGAUGGAAGAUGUAUCCUUGCCAGAACUGUAACCAUUUAAAAUGUUGGCACUUGUUAAAGCCAGUCUUGAAAUACUGGGACUGAAUGGUCAAAAGAUCAUACUUACAUGUACUAAGUCUGAGAUACUAUUAGUCAGAAUAAUCCCUUUUCCCCAGGGUAUGGCAAGCUCGGAGUUGGUAUAUAUGAGUUAGGGGGGGGGUGCCCCCACAUGUUGCUGCAGCCUGGGCUUGCCCCCCCUGCCAAAGGAAGUUUUAAGGAGAAGAGCA